AUAUAAUCACGUCACAGGCUAAAACAUCCACGAUUAUUAUGUACCUAUAUGUCCGACUGAAGAGAAAAUAAUAAUAUAAUAUAUAUUCUUUAUUUUCACUUGAACAAAAGAUAUACCGAUUAGUUUGAUGUGUUGAAAGAGAAAAUAAUUAGCGGUUAAUCGAGUGCAGGAAAGGUACAGGCAAAAAGGUAUACAAGGCAAAUAGAAUAAACAUACACGUACACGUAUAGUAGUAGUAUUAUUAGUUUAAAAAAACAAAAAAGUGGGAUUUCAAUCAUUUUUCUUUAAGAAAAAAUGGAGAUAAUGUUCUGUACGUUGGCAGAUGGUGGCAACGUUUUUUUUUUUUUUUUUUUUUUUUUUUCCUUCAGUAAAAUAAUAUUAUUAUAGAUUAACAAUUAGGUAAGUAAUAGUUGUAGUAGUAGUUAGUAGUAGUCUUCUUUUGUAGCACAAUAAUCAUCACUCACUUGCUCUCCCAUUUGCACACACUUCUGCCCUCGCUCGCUAGCUCUCGCUUGCGGUCGCGCGCUCGCUAUCUCACUCUCACUUCCCCCCCCCCCUAAUCGCGUAACGUCAGUCUCUCUACACGUAUAUAUAUAUAAAGACUGGAGUCGGACUGCAGAAUUUUUAUUCAUUCUGCCAUUCUCGCUGCCAUCGUCGCUCGCGUCGUGAUCGGUAGUGUAUUUGCCUUUGUUUGUUUGUUUGUUUGUGUUUGUGGUUUGUAGAGACGAUCAUGGCACGUACGAAGCAGACCGCCCGUAAAUCGACCGGUGGCAAGGCGCCCAGGAAACAGUUGGCGACGAAAGCUGCCCGCAAGAGCGCGCCGGCUACCGGCGGUGUCAAGAAGCCGCAUCGUUACAGGCCCGGCACCGUCGCCCUCCGUGAGAUCCGCCGCUACCAGAAGAGCACUGAGCUGCUGAUCCGCAAGUUGCCGUUCCAGCGGCUGGUCAGAGAAAUCGCCCAGGACUUCAAGACCGACUUGCGUUUCCAGAGUUCCGCCGUGAUGGCCCUUCAGGAGGCCAGCGAGGCUUACUUGGUGGGUCUUUUCGAAGACACCAACUUGUGCGCCAUCCACGCCAAGCGAGUCACCAUCAUGCCCAAGGACAUCCAGCUCGCUCGCCGGAUCAGAGGCGAACGUGCUUAAGUUUUCUUCAAAUUAAUAAUAAUAAUGAAAAGGCCCUUUUCAGGGCCGCAAU